UUGAAAAGUUUUAAAACACCUUUCAUUACUUUAAGUGGUUGUGUUCCCCUUCGUAUGGAGCUUUAUUAUCGUUGCGCGUCGCCGCCGCCACCACCAUCCUCUGCCGUCGCAAUCCACCGUUUAAUUCCUCUGAUUUUGCCCUUCCUGUUCCUAGCAUCUCACCAUAAACCCUAAUUUUGCUGAAUAUUGUUCGCUAAGAAAUUCUUUUCAAGUCUCCGCCGCAAAUUCGAAAACGAUGUUUCCUUGGAACAUUGCGAAAUCGGCGGAGGCCAUGUUCUCGCGGUGGGCGCUGAAGAGGGUUUUCAAGUUCUUCCUGAAAAAGAAACUGGGGCAGUUCAUCCAUGGUGACGUCGACCUUGAUCAGCUCGACGUGCAGCUCACCCAAGGCACCAUUCAGCUCACAGAUCUUGCUCUCAACGUCGACUUCAUCAACGCCAAGCUUGGAAAGACAGCAUCCUUGAUAGUAAAAGAAGGAUCAAUUGGCUACCUGUUAGUUAAAAUGCCUUGGAGUGGUAAAGGUUGUGAGGUUGAAGUGAAUGAGCUUGAACUAGUGGUUUCUCCCUCCACAGAUGUAAACUCACGUGGUGGAGAUGAAGCUUGUGGCUCUGAAAAUAAUGACAAUCAACAUGCCAAAUAUAGUUCUACUAGAAGUGAGCAUGAAAUGGCAGAUGAUUCUCUGAAGUCAACUUCAAUGGAUGUUCAUGAAGGUGUUAAAACUAUUGCAAAGAUGAUAAAGUGGUUGCUCACCAGCUUCCAUUUGAAAAUAACAAAUGCAAUUGUUGCUUUUGAACCAUAUUUGGGGGGUGUAGAGCCCAAAUCCGAAUGUCAUCGUACCUUAGUUCUUCGAAUUUCUGAAAUACAGUGUGGAACAAGUCUGGCUGAAGAUGCUGACUCAAAAGUUGAUGUUCUUGGAAUAAGCCAGUUAACCAAUUUUGUAAAGUUUCAUGGAGCAGUAGUUGAGUUUCUCAAAAUAGACCGUGAAGAUAAUGAGUUAUCCUUUCAACCUGUUUUAGGAGCAGGAAGUGGUGAAACCAUUUUGAGGCCAAAACAAGCCACAUGCCCAAUCAUGACCGGGAGACAAGAUGGAUUUGGAGGGAAUGUAAAAUUAAGUAUUCCUUGGAACAAUGGUUCUUUAGAUGCUCGCAAGUUGGAUGCAGAUGUUUAUGUUGAUCCCGUGGUGUUAAGAUUUCAACCUAGCACACUUAAAUGGCUAUUGUAUUCAUGGGAAAGUUUUAAGAAUGUGGGUAUGACUGGCAAAGGUAGCACAAAUAACAAUUUAAGAGGAUCUUCUCAAAUGAAUUCAACUUUGUCAUUCCAUUCAGCAGAUUCUGUUCCUAUUGUGAAUGCCACCAAUGAAAUGAUAGCUGAUCAUGGUAAUCUGCCAGCUGAUUACACUUCUUUGACUCAACCAGAAUCCCCUACUGAAGAUUUGCUUCCUGCGCCUCAUCUUAUAUCAGAUUGGGUGCCACUUUCUACUCGUAAAAAUCAUAAAGAUGGUAUUCAAGAACUUGACUUUGGAGCGAGUGUGGACCAAUUUUUUGAAUGUUUUGAUGGAAUGAGAAAUUCUCAAUCAGCUUUAGGGAGCAGUGGAAUGUGGAAUUGGACAUAUUCUGUUUUUAGUGCCAUUACUGCUGCAUCCACCCUGGCUUCUGGAUCCAUGCAUAUUCCAACUGAACAGCAACAUGUGGAGACCAAUCUCAGGGCAACUUUUGCUGGAAUAUCUGUUGUUUUGCCCUUCUGUGAUGAAGAACAGGAACAAUUUUGUGACCCUAAACUUGAUAAACUGGGAAGAUUUAAGAUUGACUACCUUGGUGCAACAUGCAAUAAAAUUGUUCUUACUUUGCAGGUAUGUCCUCAAGGUAUGACUCUUAAUGGAACAGUGAACCAUGCAGAGAUUGCUAGUUUCUUGAACAAUGGAGUUGAUGCAAAAGAUCAAAGUGCUUUGGUUCAAAAACUACAAGUUAAGGUUCUCGAUGCUCUUCCUCUGUCUGCAUCAUAUGGUCUACAUUCAGAUUCAUUGAUUGGGCCAGUUGCAACAGAUUUUCCAUUUGAAAAUGAGGAUUUCUUAAUGAAAGUUACAUUGUUUAGAACAUUUGGUAUCACCAGUUGCAAGUUUACUAUGCAAUCAAGUUCAUCAGAUGGUUGUCUGACUGGGCAGACAUCAUUCUCGUUGAUCCUGCCCCCAUUUAUUUUCUGGAUAAUCUUUCCUGUAAUAAAUGCACUAGUUGGCCUGCUAACGGAAAUUGGGAAAUCUCUUCAAUUGCAUGAUGAGGGAAAGGGAAGUGUGUCUAAUGCAGAUAAGAAGUGUGGAUCAUCUCUGAGUGACAUGGAAGGAGGUUCUGGUCCUUGUGUCACAUCCUUCUCCUCACCAAGCUGUUUGCAUGGCGAUAUAUCUAUUUCUAAUGCAAGGGUAAUGCUUUGUUUCCCUGUUGAAGGAGGCGAAGAUCAUGCAACAUUCUUUUCGUGGGCACAGUUUAUUACUCUUGAUUUUACUUCAUCGCCUUUGAACAAGGGCUUCCUUCCAGAUGGUACUCAAACCUCAAAUGCAAAUUCAAAGAAAAGAUUUUCUUCGGUAGCUGCACAAUCUCUUCAGUUGAAAUUUUGUGAUUUAGAUGCUUACGUGAUCACAUCAAGUGAUGACAGUGUUAAAAUCAUCUCCUAUAAUGCGCAGCAUGAGAAAUUUUCUGCUAGUCGGAUUCUUUCUAUUGCAUGCAAAAGAGAUUAUUACUCUGUUGUUAGUGUAGUUUGGCAGGCUGGUCAAGUAACUGGGCCUUGGAUUGCAAAGAAAGCUAGGUUAUUUGCUCAUUCAGAGCUAAGGGGUCAAGAUGAUAGUUCAGGAGGAGGGUAUGAGUUCGCAUCUGCAUCAACAGUGAAGGACCUGGAAGAUUGGAAAUCUCAAACUGAAGAAGAGAUGGUUCUAAGCUCAUCAUUUUUCAUGCAUGUUCAUAUGUCAAAGGUUGUGAUUAAUGUGAGCGAUUCCCAAUAUAAAGGCAUACAUCACUUGUUACACCAGAUGCUAAAUGCUUUGGCAUGUCCAACUUCUCAGGAAACUAAAAGUGAGAAAGAAUCUACUGUCUCACAAUCAUCAGUGGUUGUGGAAUGUGAUUGUGUAGAAAUUCUUAUUAGUAGGGACACAACUGAGACUGUCAGAAGUUCUAUGCAGAGUGAGCUUCCUGGAAUGUGGCAUCAAUUCAAGCUGAAGGUUCAAAGGUUUGAAUUACUAUCCGUCACUAAUACUGGGGGUAUCAACAAUGCUGGUUUCUUCCGGUUAACUCAUGGAGAAGGCAAGUUAUUUGGGUUUAUCACUGGAGUUCCUGAUAAUGAGUUUCUCCUGCUUACUUGUAGCAAUACCUCCGUUAAGCGAGGUGAUGGAGGUGGUUCUAAUGCAUUAUCUUCUAGGGUUUCUGGUUCUGAUAUUAUCUAUCUGUCUGAUCCUGAGAAUUUCCAUAAUAUUACAUCUAUAACGGUCAGUUGUGGCACUGUAAUUGCAGUCGGUGGUCGUUUGGAUUGGUUUCAUGCAAUAUCAUCUUUUUUUAAGUUGCAUGCUUCUAAUACCAAAGAUGUAGAUGGUACCACUAUUUCGAAAGAGGAAUCAUAUCCUUCUUACUCAACUUCUUUUGUUCUUAGCUUGAUUGAUAUUGCAUUGAGCUAUGAGCCUUAUUUGAAGAAUCUGGUGGUUGAGAGUGACCUUCCCAAUUCAAAGUCUAGCUUUUCUUCACAAGAUAUGGCUGAACAAUAUGUUGCUUGUCUAUUUGCUGCCUCCUCCUUGACUCUUUCAAAUUCAACAUUGGAAGCUUCAGUAGAAAGUGUGUUUCAAAUUAGAGUGCAAGAACUGGGGCUUUUGCUUCGUUUAGUGUCUGAGCUGAAUCAAUUCUCUGGCACUUAUAGUGUUGGGCAUCUUCAGAAAAGUGGUUAUGUUAAAGUUGCUCAGGAAGCUUUAAUGGAGGCAAUUCUGAAAACCAACUGUCCUAGUGGUCUUCUAUGGGAACUUGAAUUAUCUAAAUCUCACCUUUGUGUGGAAACUUGCCACGACACAACAGCUACUUUGAUUCGUUUGGCCACUCAACUUCAACAGUUAUUUGCCCCUGAUGUGGAGGAAUCUCUUGUUCAUUUGCAGAAUAGGUGGGAUAAUGUUCAACAGGCACAGCAACAGGAUGAAUUUUAUGAUGAAAAUAAGGAUUUUAGCUGUGAGUCUAUGGCUUCAACUACUCAACAGCUUGCUUCAAAACCAUUUUCAAAAGAUGGAUCUGGUAUAUCAGGCCUGAUGGAUGAAAUAUGCGAAGAUGCAUUUCAAGUAAAGUCCAUGCCUGUAAUAGGCCCAGAAGGUAGUCAUACUUCAUUUCUUCAGGAGGGUUGCUUUCCAGAGAUUAUAGAAAGCUAUAUUUUGUCAGACUUAUGCCCUCUGUCAGAGUUGUGCGUAGGUAUACAUUCUGAUGAGCCUUCUCUUCAAACAUUGAGGGAUGUAGAACAUAGAGAUAUUGGUAAAGAAACUGGUGGAUGGUAUGGAGGCAACUCUUUUGAAGUACUAGAAAAUCACAUUUCAGAGGAAAGUGAACAAAUUGGAUUGAUAAAGGCUUCAGAUCAUAUCAUGAUUCCAUCCAAUGAAAGUUCACCACACAGUGAGCCUUGUGGCCGUGUGGUUCUUAAAAAAAUUGAUAUAAGAUGGAAAAUGUAUGGGGGCUUGGACUGGCCUGAUUCAGGAAAAAGUGGACAGCAUUCUGGCAGAGAUACAGCUAUUUUGUUGGAAUUGGCAUUGUCUGGCAUGAAAUUUCAGUAUGAUGCAUUUCCCGAAGGUGGAUUACUUGUAUCUAAGAUGUCUGUGUCUGUUCAAGAUUUUUAUCUGUAUGACAGAGGCCAAGAUGCACCUUGGAAACUGGUGCUAGGAUAUUAUCACUCAAAAGGCCGUCCUCGGGAAUCUCAUUCAAAAGCAUUUAAGUUGGACUUGGAGGCAGUGAGACCAGAUCCUCUAACUCCCCUUGAGGAGUAUAGGUUAAAUGUUGCUGCUCUGCCUUUACUGGUGCAUCUACAUCAAUCCCAGCUUGAUUUUCUUGUUAAUUUCUUUGGGGGAAAAGCCUCAUCAAAUGAUCAGUGUCCUAAUAAUUUCCAAGAUUUGGAGGGUUCAAAAUCUUUGCUAGCGAGAAGUAAUGAUCUCGAACACUCUUCAAUUGCUCAGGAGGCACUGCUUCCUUAUUUUCAGAAGCUAGAUAUAUGGCCUAUUCUUAUUCGAGUUGAUUAUAGUCCCAAGCACGUAGAUCUAGCAGCAUUAAGACAUGGAAAAUAUGUAGAACUUGUAAAUCUUGUCCCUUGGAAGGGGGUUGAGCUAAACCUGAAACAUGUUCAUGCUGCUGGCAUCUAUGGUUGGGGCAGUGUUUGCGAAACAGCUGUUGGAGAGUGGUUGGUAGAUAUAUCACAGAGUCAGGUUCAUAAAAUACUGCAAGGGCUUCCUACUGUACGCUCAUUAAUUGCUGUUGGUACUGGUGCUGCUAAGCUGGUUUCAUCUCCAGUUAAAAACUAUAAGAAGGAGCAGAGAGUGCUCAAGGGAUUGCAGAGAGGUACCAUUGCGUUUCUUCGAAGCCUUUCUCUUGAAGCUGUUGGGCUUGGAGUUCAUUUAGCUGCUGGAGCCCAUGACAUUCUGCACCAAGCAGAGAUCCUUGCAAGCAAACCUUCUCCAGUUUCUUUCGCUCCGAAAGAUAAAUUGAACACGGAUGUUCGAUCUAAUCAACCUAAAGAUGCCCAAGAGGGAAUUCAACAGGCUUACGAGACCCUCAGUGAUGGCUUGGGAAAAUCUGCUGCUGUGUUGGUUCAGAACCCCUUGAAAAAAUACCAACGUGGCUCUGGUGCAGGACCCGCAUUGGCAGCUGCAGUUCGAGCAGUUCCUGCAGCCACCAUAGCUCCUGCUUCUGCUUGUGCCAGUGCAGUACACUAUGCUCUUCUUGGAUUCAGAAAUAGCCUUGAUCCCGAACGUAAACGAGAGUCCAUGGAGAAGUAUUGUCCGACACAACCAUGGGAUGAAGAAUGAUUAAUGAUGGCAAUAGCGAAUGUUAAAUAUUUCUUGCUAAUUCUUUGUGCAGAUUAUUGUGUGAGGAUUGAGUAGUUGAUAGUCUUGCAUAUUGACAGGAGAUUGAAGGAGCUCUAAAAAUCAAUGGCAGUGUCCUGUGUAUCAUAUCUGUACAGUAGCGGAACCGGGCAGUGAGCUGAUUCUUAUGAUCAAGAUUAAUUGUAUAUAUACCGUAAAUAGGAUGGUGCUUCUUAUCCUGUCCUUAUUCAAACGGCAGUCGUAGUAGGUAUAGUGACCCAAUUGCUUUAGCCUAUAGUUAGAUCGUGUACAGAAUUAUUUAAUAUCAUUCUUUCAAAACCUUGAUAAUGAUAUAUCCAUGUAUAUUACCAUUAUUUGUUGUAAAAUGUAGUGUGCAACGUUAUUAUUACUA